AUUGUAAUUAACUGUAAAUUACUCGUCAAUUAAGUGAUUACAUGUUUGCAACAAAUUGUUGUUUUAUAUGAUAUGAAACCAAUUUAAUAAUCAAAUGACUAAAGAAGCAAUUGUACCGUUAAUUUCGGGUGCGAUGGCCGGCAUGUGUGUCGACUUGACUCUCUUCCCGAUCGAUACCAUUAAGACACGACUUCAAAGUGACGCCGGCUUCUGGAGAUCGGGAGGGUUUCGUCACAUCUAUUCCGGUCUGAUGUCGACAAUGAUCGGAUCGGCACCUAAUGCCGCAAUUUUUUUCUUGUCAUAUGAAACAUCUAAAUCUUCAUUAAAGUCAUUAAUCUCUACAAAAUAUGAGCCGAUUGUUCAUAUGAUGUCCGCAUCGGUUGGUGAAGUGACCGCUUGUUUAGUCCGAGUGCCGGUUGAAGUGAUUAAACAGAGAGCACAGGCGUCUCAGGGUUUAAUUGGUGGUCAACAACGACCUCAAACUAGUGGCCAAAUUUUUCGACAAACCAUCUCACGAGAAGGCUUUAGAGGACUAUAUCGCGGCUAUUUGAGUACAAUAGUUCGCGAAAUACCGUUUUCAUUGAUACAGUUCCCGGUUUGGGAGUAUCUUAAGAAACGAUGGAUAGCACACCAAAAUCAUCAACCGUUGAACGCCAUUCAGUCGACAGUUUGCGGAGCUGUUGCCGGCGGUUGCUCUGCACUAUUGACUACUCCACUGGAUUUGGCCAAAACACGCAUAAUGUUAGCCGAAACUGGUGCCGCAUUUUCGAUACGCGAUAUUGCAAUUGUCCUCAAAAUGAUUUAUACGCAAAACGGUGUUUUCGGUUUAUUUACUGGUGCUGUUCCCCGAGUGGUUCAUAUAUCCAUUGGUGGUGCCAUAUUCCUCGGUGGUUACGAUAUUAUCUCAAAUUUUUUGCAUAGUUUAUAG